AUGAGUAGAAAACCAAUUUUUGUCUAAGAAAAGUAAACUUAAUAGGGAUACUUGUAUAACUAACCUACUUAAAUUCAAACUGGUAGAUAAGCUGAUACAAAAAUAGCUAAUAUGAAAAGCACUGAACAUCUCUUAUUGGGUAAUAUUUUUAUAUUAUUCAGCUACUUAACAUAAUUCUCCAUUUUCUGCUUUGAGCACUGCUAUGUAAUCAUAAGAAGCAUCAUUCUUGAGUAACAGAGUAGAGGAUAAUAAUGUAGGAUUUUAAUAAAUUUUGAAAUAUGUCAAUCAAUUAAUAAAUGAAAAAUCAUAAACAUAAGAACUAAAGAUAAAAGAAUUGUAAAAUUAAAUAGAUUCAAACAGAACUAUAAUAUUUGAUAUUAGAGGAUAAAAUCCAAUAAAUGCUGAAUAAUUAAGCAUAAAAUUUAAAUAAUUUGAAGAAUCAGUAAUUUCUAAUAUUAAUAUUUUAGAUCAAAACAUAAAUAAAAAAAGCUUAAGAAGAAUUAAUGAAUUAAUAGGUUAAUUUUUAAAACGAUUAUUAAAAUAAAUUUAAAGAAUUACAAGAUUAGACUGAUAAUAAAUUAAAAUUUAUAUAAAAAGAAAACUAGUAAAAUUUAGUUAAAUUAAAAGAAGACCAUCAAUUAAGAAAUGCUCCUCAAAAUAAUCUAAGUGAAGAAAAAACAAUUAAGGAUCUUCAAUAAAAAAUAAAAGAUCUUCAAUUAUUAUUUGAUUCUUAACAUAAUGAAUUUGCUUUAUAUGAUUAAAAAACUAAGUAAUUAUAUAAUUUAAUAUUAAUAUAGAUAACAAUUAACAAAAUUAGAAAAAAAUGUAUUUGAGCAAUCAUAAAAAAUUAGUGUUUAAGAAGAAUAGACAAUUGCUUAAUUUAAGACAUUUUAAAAUAAUUAAUAAAAUAAUAUUUCUUAAGCAAGUAAAAAGUUAUCAGAUGAGAUUGAAAUAAAAUUAUAAUAGAUUUAGAAUAUGAUCCAAUAAAAAACAUUUUCUUAAUCUGAUAAGUAAUGGAUAAAAUAUAAAUUAGAUUGACAGAAUUAACACUUUAAUAAGCAGAUUUAAAUAAAAUUACUUAAGGAGUAUUUGAUUUACAGAAUUCAUAAAAAUUAUUGUCUUAGCAAUAUUAAGAAUUAACUCUUAGAAUUGAUUAACAUCUUUCAUAAAAUUCAAAACAAGAAUUAUAUCUAAAAUAGUUAGAAUAGAAAGUUGAUUAUGUAUAUUAAAUUUAAUAUAUUUUAGAAUAAAGAUGAAAAUGAUAAUGGAAUUACAUAAUUAAAAUUAGAAUUAUCUAGUUUAACCAAAUAAUUUGAAAGAAUUAAAUAAGAUUAUAAAAAUUAGUUUGAAUAUCUUUAAGAAUUAUAAAAUAAAUCAAAUGAAGAAAUUAGAAAAUCACAUUAAGAAUUAUUAUUUUCAUUUAAAUAGACUGAGUAAAUCAAUUGGAUUGAUGAAUAUAAUAAGAAAAAACCUGAAAUUCAAUAAGCAUAAGUUUAAGUAUUUAAUUAUGAAGAAGAUUCUGAAAGUAAAAGUGAUUAAUAAUUAAAUGAAUUAUCAGAAUAAAACAAUAUUGUAAUAAAUUUAUUUAUAUUUAUUAGGAAUAAGUAGAACAUGAUUUUGAAAAAGAAGCUUUUAUGGAUAAAUUGAAGGCAUUAAGUCCUUCUAAGAAUAAUUAAUUUUAGGAGGAGAAGAUUGUUGAAGUAAAAGAAGAGAAUUAGAAUAAAAAAGAUAAUUAAAAAGGAGAAGAUGAAGAUGAUGAUGAAGAUGAUGAAGCUACUUAUUAACUUGAUGAAAAUGGUUUCUUAUUAGAUGAUGAAGGCAAUUAUUUAUUAGAUGAAAAUGGUUAAAUGAUUCAAUUAAAUGAAACCUAAAUAGAGUAUUUAAGAAAAUAAGACAUGGUUUAAGAGGAAGAUAUUUGA